AUGGAUGAAAGUAAGGAGCUGGUCCCUCGUCAGCAAGCUGGUCGUAUCUCAAGUUCGUCAUGGGAUGUGUUGAACACCAGCUUCCAGAAGAUCGACGACAUCAUCGACCAACUUGCUAAUAAGACAGGCCAUACACAUGAGAACAUCAUCAUGUUGUGGAAGCGGACCCACACACAUGAAUUUACAGGCUCAAUGUGGAAUAAAUACCAGAAAUACUUUCUAGCUAAUGUAGACAGAUUGGGGACUCAAGGGCAAAUUGUAGGCUGGACUUGCUGGGUCGGUUUUAAAGAACAUGAGCCCAGAUGGCGUGAGAUCCUUGAGGUCUAUGAUGAAGUCCUCGCCACAUCAAAUGUUCACUCAACCAUCAGUCAAUGCACGCGAAAGUUUGACAGGCUGGUCAGUCAGCUCAAAAGGGUCACAAACAAAGCAGCCAAACAAGACAGCUUUGAAUCCCUCUUUGUUUUGGUGGGAAAUUCGAUCCAUGAGGACGUCGGUCUCUCUCAAGUUCACCUUUCGGCAGGUGUGGAGGAGCUAUCCUGUCAGUUCUUGCAGGAGCGGCUUCACAUGGAUCAUGACACGAUGAGUGGUCUAUUUAAGAACCACGUCUGCAACAGGAUUUCCCUGGGACUCCAAACAAGGCUCGAGACAGACCAGAAGAGCUUGGCAGAGGCAGUUAACACGACCAAUCCUAAGAAGCCUGGACCAGAUGGGGACUCUUCCAACAGUGGCGAUGACAACGACAACACAAGUAAAAGCUCUGGCCUCACCCUCGAAAAGGCAAAGGUGAUCAUCAAAACAGGCCUUCAAAACCUUCUGGAGCCAUAUGACCUCUGUCUUAGUUUCGAAUCUAUUCCUUGGUUGAAGCUGUCCACCACCCUCACCCCUGCCAGUCUUAGGAUUGAAAAUUGGACCAGAGGAGUCGAUUUUCCAUGCUCAAUUGUGAAAGGCGCUACUGUAAUUCGUAAACGAAACACAAGCCAGGGAAUCAAAGACCUUGGCAUUGGUGCCAUCCGGCGUUUCGCUGAGUCUUUUUCAUCUGAUGCUACGAGGAUCUGUGUUGUCCGCACGGAUCCAGAAAUGCUACUCACGAGCAAAGUGCCCUUGUACAUGGAAGCACUGCCAGGUCCCAGCUCAGUGACAACAGUCACUCAUCAUGAUCAUGGACAGGUCGCAGGAAAGCACCCUCGCAUCGCGAAACUUCUGCCAGCACAUGAGAUCAUAGAGAUCAAGUUGAGUCCACCAUCGGAUUGCCCGACUAUGGCGCCUCGUCGAGUGCACCCCAAAAGCAAAAAGGAAAGAAGACCUGAUGGCAGCGAUGAUAGUGAUGACGAACCUGUGGUUCCACCGGUGAAAAGCGACAUCAGCGAUGCUGACGCCAAUGAUACUUUGGAGUCGACGGUGACUUCAAAGUCAGAGAAGGCCAAGAUGACAGCGAAGGCGCUCAAGGGAAAGGGUAAGGCUAGGGCGACUAAGACCACUGCCAUGGGCACCACCUCUGGAUUGGGUGCUGCCCCAGCUGCCCCCAGCGACCAACUCAAACCGAUCUCUGCAUUCAGUGCAGUGUCUCAUGCUGUCGCUGCUGCGUCUAUGUCCAAACCAUCACCCCCCACUGUAAACCCGGCUGGUAGUGCGCGCAUCCAGCCACGCUCCAUCAAGCAUCAACCUCCAGCCAUCUCAGCUGCCAGAGACCCAUUCACUGUGAAAGAGGCCGGAGCUUCUGGAAAUCCUAAGGGCGUGUCCAUGUGA